GGGAACAAAACCCGCUGGGGUAAGAAGUAGAACAGCGCCCGGUGUGUGCGUGGGGACCGGUUAGGAGCGGAACAGGGCGCAGCCGGCCGCCCUUUCUCCUCCGGCCCCCAGCCCCGCUCGCUCCGUUCCCCGCAAUCCGACGCGGGGCCCUCCGAGAUGAACCUCAACUUCACCUCUCCGGUACACCCGGUCCCCGCGCCCCGACCCACCUCCUUCUUCAUCGAGGACAUCCUGCUGCACAAGCCCAAGCCCCUGCGGGAGGUGCCCCCCGAGCACUUCGCCGGCUCCUUGGCCUCCCGCGUCCCGCUCUUGGACUAUGGGUACCCCCUGAUGCCCGCCCCGGCGCUGCUGGCUCCACACCCGCACCCGGCCCUGCAUAAACCGGAGCACCACCACCACCACCCCUACUUCCUCACCACCUCGGGUAAGUGCGGGGCUCUGCGGGGCAGCCCGCGGGUGGGACGCGAGAUGGGGAAAGGCUCCUCAGCCCCGCGCAGGGAGCGAGUUUAUACUUUGGGGCUGCGGGUCCCUGCCUUGCCGAGCCCUCGGCUUCGUCAGCGGCGAUCGGAGAUCUCAACUAGCCGAGAUCUUGAGCCCAGAGACCCCAGGGUUUCCUUCUCCCCCUUUGCCCGUUUAUUUCGUUUUGAACUCUUUUUAUAUUUGGACCGAGAACAUUAUGGUUCUGGAAUGGGACCGGGCUUCUCUUUUCCACCUCCACCAGCAGUGCCGGGGCCGUGCCGGACCAUCCCGUGGCCCGGGAGGCUCUCCGCGCCCGUCCGUCCCCCUGAACCCUUCCCAGGGCCGCUUCCUCCAAAGUUUCUCCUCGGGAGGCCGAAGUUUCUCUCCUUGUGGCCGCUCUCCCCCUGCCCGCACUUCUCUCGGCUUUUCUCCCGUCUCCCCCGUUUUUCCUGGGUGCAUUUCGUUGGAUUUUAAUUGCUCGGAGGGUGAUCGCUCCCUUUCCGGGCUCGGCUGAGCCGCACCUGAUGGAGAGAGCUCGGAUGGGGUGCUUUCAGAGAGAAAAGAAUAAAAGAGAGUGUGAGGAAAAUAGAAAUAAAGCAAAAUAAAAAUAAAGUGAGAAGAAAUUUAAAAAGUAAUAACAAUAGGGGAUAAUAAUGAAAAGAAGUGAAAAGACUUCGAAAACGAAAUAAACGAGGAAAAAAAACCAAACAACCAACCCCUAUAUAUCCAGAGGGGCAAAAGGCACGGGGAAAGC